AUGUUAGCAACAAUAUAAUAUAAUGAAGUCUUUUAGGGUAAAAAUAAAAUAAAUGGAAUAGAAAUUACAAUCAAAAUAAUCAAUAAAGUAUUUUAAUAAAUGUAUUAAUAUAAUUAUUAAUUUAAUCUAAUUGGAAGCAAAAUAAAAAUAUAUUUGAUUUAUUUAGAAUUCAAUGCUCUAAUGACAAUAAAUGCAAAUUUUUAUAACUCUUUAGAAUUGAUGAAUUGGGGCAAAUUCAGAGAUUUUAUCAAAUUUAUAUCAUAUAAUUAAGAAUCAUAAUAUAAAGGUUUAUGUUUUAUUUAAGAUAAUUUAGAAGAGAACUUAAAAUUAAAGAUAUUAAAUUUUAUGCUACUUAAUUUUAAUUCAUUAAUACAUAGAGCCAAUAAGAAUUUUGAAAAUUUUUGGUAAGAAUAAAAAGAGAUGAAGGAGUAACCUUAAUUUGUAAUAAUAUUUAUUAUUCAUUCUUCAUAAAAGAUAAAAGAGUGA